AUGACCGAUUGGAUGACUUCUACGAGCGACUGGGAACGAAAUACUAUGCUGAAGAUUGCAAAACGUGGCAGAAGUUUAUCGUUUAGAUGUUGUUUGUCCGCGGCGGGCUUGAAUAUAUUUUACCUUUCUUUGUAUUUAUUAAGGUUCUUUAAAAAUAUAAACCAGCCUCAACGGAACCUCGUCUAUCGAUUAGGAAAUCUUCAAAGAAGCCCAUUCUACGAAAUCACCUAUUUUAUCCAACUAUCCGGAGGAACAUAUUCAAUUCUCGCUAAUUACACUAUCGACAGCUUUGUUUCGAUACUUGUGCUACAAGUGUGUGCACAACUAAUAAAUCUACGGACAACGCUGAACAAUCUGGUCAAUGAAUUAGUCAGCAAAUCUAUAUCUUCCUCAAGAUUUAGAAAAGGUUUAGCUGCGAUCGCUGUACGACAUGAUCAUCUCAUCAGUAUGUAUGCAUACUGCUACUCAGCUGAAAGACUGAUGACAGAAAGCACCAAAAUGACAUACGGCGUGUACGAAUGUAAGUGGUACGACAUACCUCCGAAACACGCGAAAGACUUAAUGUUCAUUAUAUGUCGGUCUAGGAUUCCCCUUAGAUUGACGAUUGGAAAAUUCGGAAUAUUUUCGUUAGAGAUGUUCGGAAAAGUAAGAUGCAUUUAUAAGAAGAAAAUAUAUUACUUUAUUCUGAAAACAUCGAUGGGAUACUUAUCAGCGUUGCUAGCAAUGAGAGAAUAA